AUAUUGCACACUGUGUAAUGACGCAGCAGAUGAAGUGAUUUUGAUAGCUAACCUGAAUAAGGCAUAUGGGGCAUAUGCGCAAUUCACGAUAAAUUCGGAUGCGUCGGAGCUGGGCAACUUUAGUGUCGUACCGCUGUUCAACCUAAUCGGGUCAACGAGUCUCUACGAUUCUAAAAAGAUGGGGAAGAUAAACUAUUUUGUCUUAUUGGUGGUGCUAAUAACUUAUUGCGCUGCCCAAAAGAGUAACAAAGAAGAUGGAAAAUUAACGAAAAAUGAGGAAUCUGUCUGGAAAAAUAUUAUGAAUGGCCGUUUGGAGGCCAGCAGCCGUAGCAGCAGUUGUUCCAUCGCCAGUGUGCCAUGCAGUUGCGCUAGCGCUUCGGGCACUUGUACCUGCGCUUCCACCGGAUGUACCUGCUCCGGAACGUGCACCAUCAGUACUGCUACUGGCACUACUACAAGCACCACUUCCGGUUCAAGUAGUACCAGCACUAUUUGCAGUAACUGCAUCUGUACUACAACCACAUGCACCAAUGGAGUAUGUGGCACGCCAUCCGUCGUCGGCACGGCAUGCACCUCCACCACUGGGGGCACUGGAGGAACUGGAGGAACUGGGGGCACUGGAGGUACUGGAGGCACCGGUGGCACUGGCGGAACAAGCGGAGGAGGCGGCGGCGGAGGAGGAGGAGGUGGUAAAAAAUAAAACGAAAGUGCAUUUUGAAAAAAAAAAAAAAAUAAAUAAAUAAAUGUGGUGAUGGGCUUUAUUCUUUUAUGGAUUUUUCAUAAGUGUCAGUAUUAAUAUCUAGAAUAAAAUAACUGACGUCAUUCAA